AUGGCGUCUUCGGCGACACUCGUAGCCCCCGCCGCGGACGACGACGAGAUCCUCGACCACGAUCCCGGGUCCCGCCGGAGAUUGGCUUCCUCGAGCCAGUUCGACUCUGCACCCCCGGCAGAUAUAUCAAAACGCGGCGCGCCGGCAAACCUAGACCCCAUCACAAGAUACCUCGUCCGCGUCGUCCAAGACGUCCGCCACGAUGUCGACGUGGUCUUGCACUGCCUCCGAGACGAAAGGCUGGAGCUCGAUCGCCGGACUGCGCAUGUGACCACCUCGGCGCUGCUCAAGAGCCGGACCCAGGGCGCCUGGGUGCAGGAGAUUCUCGCGCAGGGCCCAACAAGCUUUACGCGCCUGGCCGCCGUCCCGGACACACUGUCGUCCUUUAUGGAAAGCGUCGAUCGUGCCGUGUAUGAGCUUCUCGUCCGGAGAAAGCGCAGCUGGGUCGACAUCUCCCUCUUCCCGCGCCAGCCCAGCGUCGAGCAAUGGCGUAGCCAAGAUCGGCUGGAGGGGGCCUUGCAGCACCUCAAAGGGACCCUGAAAGCAGCCAUGCCCACGGCCAUGACCUUUGGGAGCAUGGUCAAGGCCGGCGCUGAUCUGGAGAAGAAGUCCAUGAGCCUCGACUCGAGCUUGAUGAAUGAACACGGCCAGGCACAUCGUGGUCCUACAACGGAGUCUCCGCCAGGUUUUGACCGGAGGAUCAGGCAUCUUGCGACUCGCGCCUGUCGCCUCACACUACGCCAGGACGUUCCGGGAGCCUACGCGAACCGGCACAAGCACUACAACUCUUGCCGGAUGGAGGACUCGGCAACCUGGCUCGUCGAGAACCCUCGGUUCACGUCUUGGCUUAACGACCCGUUAUACGACGUAUUCUGGUGCCAUGGACGUCAAGGCGUCGGCAAGAGCGUGCUUGCAUCGGCUGUGGUCGAUUUCCUCCAACGAAUGCAGACGAAGCACGCCUACUUCUAUCUUGGCCAGGGUAAAGUACAGACAGCGUCAGGCCUGACACUCGCCCUGCUCGAGCAGUUGUGCGCUGCCGUUGACUUCUUCCCGCCCUCUUUGGAGCCCAGUCUUGCUAAGCUGCCGUUCCCGGCGCCUAAUUCGGAGACGAGCGAUGCUGAGAGUGUUACCUCGACUAGAACGCGGCCACGCUCUGUCCACAAGCGGCUAAGCAUCCGCCAGGGAAAGCCGCUUGGUCCCGAGGAACAGACCGUCGUGCCGCCGUCCAUGUCGCCACAGUCAGUCUGGGGCACGCCCGUGGCCGUCACGUCGAGCGCCACAGCGUGUCUCAACGUAAUGAAUGGAGCACAGCUCCUGAUUCCGGGCCAGAAACGAGCGCAUACUGUAGGCGUUGUGGCGUCGCGGCCUUCGGUUGAGUCGCCCGUCCACGACUCUGAGAUCCUAUCUGCUGACUUGUCCGGGCAAACGACGACAAACGAUCCUCCCGCGGACCACACGGCGGAAGAGGCACAGGCUAACGUCGGCCAGCACACCGACGCCGGGCUCAAGUCUAAGAACAUGUCCAACUCGACUGAUCCAGUACCUGCCCUGCACAUACUACUCGAUGCCUUGCGUGCCACACGUCGAGAGUUCCACGGUGAGAUAUUCCUCGUCUUGGACGCGUGGGAUGAAGACAACAUGAUGGACCGGGCGGCGUUUAAAGACGUCUUGCGCGCCUUGCGGAGGGCGAGAUGCAAGAUAUUCCUCACCAGCCGCGCCAGGCCUGAUGUCCCACAAGAUGGCGGAGUCGUGCAGAUGGACAUGUCUGAGGGCUUGGCCGAGCCGCGUCGCGUGGCCGACGUGGAAGCGUAUGUGGAAAGACUGCUUCGGAACGAGCAGCAACGCCAGGGGCUCAGUCUAUCGCCCGAGUUGGUUGCCGACUGCGUCCACGAUAUAGCGAAGCUCUCCGAAGGCGUGUUCACGUCGGCCAAUAUCUGCACGCUUCUCCUGCUGCGCCGGCAGCAGCAAGGACAGCCUGCCACGAAGCUGGGCCAGCGUGCUCUAAGAGAAUCGCUGGCAGGACUUCCUCGGUCGCGGCGGAAACUGGCCAAGCGUGCGCUGUCGCAGCUGAAGCUCGAUUCGUCUCCGCUUGCCUCGGCAUCGUUUUCGCUGAUGAUGUGGCUACAGCUGUCUGAGCGGGUACACGCUCUCUCGACAGACUACGGUGACGCGUUUCGGUCGGUGCUGAAUGAAAUUCCAUGGGCAUCGAGCCAGGACAUCUCGUACAGCAAAGUCGUCCACAUGAGCAAGCCUUUUGUCACCGUCGACCCCGGCAAUGGCCUGAUUCACCUGGCUUCGUCGGCCAUAGCGGCAGUGGUCGAGCGACAAGUCGUCGAGUUCCCGGAGGUACAGGUUGCCGUUGCCCGAGCCUACAUCGACUACAUGGACGAUCCAAGUUUCAGCAACGGCCUUUGCGCGACAGAAGAGGAUCUCGUCGCGCUGCUUCGGGAACACGAGUUUCUUGCGAGCGCGGCGCACUGGGCCAGCUAUUGUAGGAAGGUCCUCGAGAGCUCCUCCUCGGAGGUAGACGCCGUCAACCAACGCGUCAUCCAGUUUCUCGACACGCAAAACUGUCGGCUGGCACUGCAGGUCUUCUUGUACACGCACCAAGAUCUUCUCGACCCGGCCUUGAGAGAUUCCUGGGACGACUUUGCCACCUGGGUUGCUACUCUGCCCAGGCUGCACAUUGCAUCGCGCCUCGGACUGGCCCAGGCUCUCGAGGUGAUGCUCGAGAGCGGCGCUCACGACGUGAUGCAGCAGGACUCGCGCGGCUCGACGGCAUUGCACGAAGCCGCCAAAGCGGGCUCUGCCGACGUGGUCCAUGUGCUUUUGGGAGCCAACGCUGAGAUGGCGCACGUCUCGAACCACUCGGGCAGGAAGCCGCUUUUCUACGCGUGGGAAUUUGGGCAUUCCGAUGCGUUUGUGCCUUUGUUCGAGGCGCAGAGCACUGCCAGUUGGUUCGACGAUGAGCCCAGCCUCAAGGGCGUUGACCUCAACGCCGUCAUUGACAGGUACUGCUCCAUCAAGACGGCUGCCCUCGCCGACGCGGGCCCGGUCCCGGACGCCAGGGGAGUUGCCCUGCUGCUUGCGAUCCAGAACAACCAGCCCAACGUCGCCGACCUACUGAUCAGGGCCGGGGCCGACGUCAACGUCGUCUUCAACGGCACCUCGCCGCUCUACGCCGCCGUCGAAAGCAAGCAGGCCAGCUUGGCCGCGGACCUGGUAUACGCCGGCGCCGACCCGUCGGCCAAGAUGUACGACGGCGAGGGCGACGAGAGAGAGCCCAUGCUGCAUCUCGUCAUCAGAACCUACCGGCCCCGCAGCCUGACGCGCUCGCCGGCGAGCUCCAUCCUGCAGUCGAACCACCUGGACAUCAACUGCGUCGACUCUGCCGACAGGACGGCCCUCUUUGUCGCCCUCGAGCGGGACGACGAGCAGGAAGCGUCCGAGGCGGCCAGGCUCUUGAUGAGGCACGGCCUCGACGUCGACAAGCGGGAUGACUUUGGCCGGCAUGCCCUGCACAUGGCCGCGCGGAGGGGCUUCAGCCACGUCAUCUCCGACCUCCUCUUCCGCAGCCGGCUUACCGAGGCGCCCAAGGACCAGGAAGGCCAUACGCCGGCCUGCUAUGCGGCUCAGAGUGGCCACCACCACGUGGCGGCCAUGCUUGCGGCAGCACAAGGAGAGUAG